AUGGAGGACUUCUUCACCGCUCUUGCAUCCAGCAGCUCCUUCCGACGGUGUUGGACAGGGCAGACGCGAACCCCCUUUAUUCUUCCUGCCCCUUUCGUAGAAGGCUUGCUGUCUUUAACCGACAUCGUGGAAGGACUGUCUGCUCCUUGCCGAACAUGUGAGGCGGCUCUGACUCUCACCGAUGGCGGCGACUUUCGUUGUCCCAUCAGCCUGCCGCCAAUAGACUCUCUAGACGACCUUCUCGAAGUGCUACGAUUUGGCACGGUGUUUCUGAACACUGCCGGGCUUCAUUGGAAGAGAGCGGCCGAGAUUUGUUUGGCUGCAAGUUCGGCUUUCUUAUUCCCAACAAAUGUAAAUGUGUACAUCACCGGACCUGAACGCAUGACAUCAACAGAUGCGCAUACCGACAACCACGAUGUCAUCAUCUUGCAAACUGCAGGUGCCAAACACUGGCAGAUCUUUGCUCCUCCACCACGGAACUCGCAGAGUCAUCCAUUGUAUCGAGGGAAGCACGGCGACAAGUUGUUGCUGCAUGAAUUGGGAAAUCCGCUACUAGAUGUCGUGUUGCAUGCUGGCGAGGUGCUGUUUGUUCCGAUGGGGUUUGCACAUCUUACUAGCACCCAAGGCACAGGGCACGCAGGUGUUUCAGUGCACCUGACCUUGGGACUUUCAACUGCCGACUACAACUUCUGCCUCAAUGGACUCAGGACAAUUCUGCUGGAACAGAUAGGGCGACCGUCAGACAAAGCCGAGACGUCCAGCCAGUUAUGGUGGCACUUAUUAUCCCCGGUGCCAGUGGGAUAUUUGGCGCCGAGCCGGCUGCGGUGUCCGUCAGCACACGCGGAGUAUUUGCAGCACCUCACGAAAUUGCUUGAGGCAACGAUUUUCCCCUGGCAAGAGGGACAUGAUCUAGGAGAGCUCCCAGAAGUCCAGAUGGGUGUGUCUAAACAUCUCGAGCAGCAGGUCGAAAGCUUGACGAUGCAAGCAGAAGCCUAUGCCGAGGUAGUUGCGGGGAGUGGAAAUGAUGGCCCUGGCGCAUUUUAUGCUGCAGGCCCGAGUGAGACUCGAAGCCAGUACCGGCAGUCGAUGCUAAUACACCAGUUGGCAGAAAACAAGCGCAAACGUGAUGCGACACAUGCUGGUGACUUGCGAUUUGUGAAACGGAUUGACCCACGGGACGGGGCAGCAAAAACAUUGGCCGACGUACGACAGUAUUACGCAGACUCUGGGCUUUCCGCAGAUGCAGCGGACCAGCAUUGGAUUUCUUGUUGCGAGUCAAUCUAUCCGAAUGAUCGCCCCCCUGAAAAUCUCAUGAAUGAGCUGGUGGCUGCCAGUGAGCGAUGUGACGCCUUACUCAACUUCCUCAGAAGGAGAACGCCUCACUUGCAGUCGGACAUUGCCGUUGAGAGAAACGAGCUUGCUGCCAGGUGCGAUUGGGAACUUCGUGCUGAACGCAAGUCUUCUGAGAGGCUCGGCAAACCUCGAGAGCGUCGCGUGUGGGACUCUGUUGAUUGA